GCCAUCUCCCGGCCGCGCGGCCUGGGGGCGGGUCCGGCCGAGGCCCCGCCCCCCGGGCAGUCCAUAAAUGCGCGGGGGGCGGGCGGACCCAGCGCUCGGGAGCGCUGCUGGCAGGUGACCGAGAGAGGUCGGCGCGCCCCGCGUCCCGUCCGCCGCGCGCCUGGGUCGGGCCGGGCUCGGAGCCCCAGCCAUGCUGUUCUGGCACACGCAGCCCGAGCACUACAACCAGCACAACUCCGGCAGCUACCUGCGGGAUUUGACUAGUGCUCUUCAAAGGGAAAACGACGUCCUCGCUCUGCCCAUCUUCAAGCAGGAGGAGCCCCAGCUGUCCCCCGAGAACGAGGCCCGCCUGCCGCCCCUGCAGUAUGUGCUGUGUGCCGCCACGUCCCCAGCUGUGAAGCUGCACGAAGAGACUUUGACCUACCUCAACCAAGGUCAGUCUUAUGAAAUCCGACUGCUGGAGAAUCGGAAGCUGGGAGAUUUUCAGGAUCUGAACACAAAAUACGUGAAGAGCAUCGUCCGCGUGCUGUUCCACGACCGGCGGCUGCAGUACACAGAGCACCAGCAGCUGGAGGGCUGGCGGUGGAGCCGGCCCGGGGACCGCAUCCUGGACAUCGAUAUUCCACUGUCUGUUGGUAUCUUGGACCCCAGGGCCAGCCCGACCCAGCUGAAUGCAGUUGAGUUUUUGUGGGACCCUUCGAAGAGAGCGUCUGCUUUCAUUCAGGUGCACUGCAUCAGCACAGAGUUCACCCCGAGAAAGCACGGGGGCGAGAAGGGCGUGCCCUUUCGGGUGCAGAUCGAUACCUUCAAGCAGAAUGAGAAUGGGGAGUACACGGAGCACUUGCACUCGGCCAGCUGCCAGAUCAAGGUGUUCAAGCCAAAGGGAGCUGACCGGAAGCAGAAGACUGACCGAGAGAAGAUGGAGAAAAGAACGGCCCAAGAGAAGGAGAAGUACCAGCCGUCCUAUGAAACCACCAUCCUCUCAGAGUGCUCCCCGUGGCCCGACGUGGUUUACCAGGUGAACAGUGCCUCGUCCCCAAGCUACAACGGCUCUCCGAACAGCUUCGGCCUUGGCGAAGGCAACAGCUCCCCAACCCACCCGGUGGAGGCCCUGCCCGUGGGCAGCGACCACCUGCUCCCCUCGGCCUCCAUGCAGGACGCCCAGCAGUGGCUCCACCGCAACAGGUUCUCCCAGUUUUGCCGGCUCUUCGCCAGCUUCUCGGGUGCUGACCUGCUAAAGAUGUCCCGCGAUGAUCUGGUCCAGAUCUGCGGCCCUGCAGAUGGGAUCCGGCUCUUUAACGCCAUCAAAGGCAGGAACGUGAGGCCGAAGAUGACCAUUUACGUCUGCCAGGAGCUGGAGCAGAGCCGCGUGCCCCUGCAGCAGAAGCGGGACGGCGGCGGGGACCCCAAUCUGUGUGUGUACCACGCCAUCUUCCUGGAGGAGCUGACCACCUUGGAGCUGAUCGAGAAGAUCGCCAACCUGUACAGCAUCUCCCCGCAGCACAUCCAUCGGGUGUACCGGCAGGGCCCCACCGGCAUCCACGUGGUGGUCAGCAACGAGAUGGUGCAGAAUUUCCAAGACGAAUCCUGUUUCAUCCUCAGUACCUUAAAAGAACCCCAUGUUUGUCUCUUGCAGCCGAGAGCAAUGACGGCUACCACGUCAUCCUGAAAUGUGGCCUCUGAGCAGGAGAAGAGCAGGCAGCCGCCUCCUACCCUCAGCCCCGCGGACCCCCUUGGAUGUAGAAAUCGCACCCUCGGAAGCUGCGGCGAACCUGGCCCAGCCCGUGAAAACCACAGACCAACCCCCAGCCGAGACCCUCGGAGGCCAUGUCUCUGGCGGGCAGAAAGCCUGCCCCUCCUCCUAGCCCCAGCUUCGGAGCGGUUCCUUGUUCUCCUCCCCAGCCCUGCCGUUCUGAAGAGGCCGACGGUGGGGCGUCUCCUCUGAUGCUCCCCUAGUUGGAGGCUAGCUCACCGGGUACCUGGGUGCCACCUGUACUGGUCCCUGCCUUCGCCCUCUUCUCUGGUAACUGGCUCGGCGAUGGGGCGCUGACGAUGUGGGGGUGCUUUGCGACUGUUCUCCUGUCUUCGUGUCGGCUUCUCAUCUCAGGGACCCUGGUGAGCGUCCGUCUUUGCUGUUACUGGGUGGAUUGAUGGGAGUUGGGUUUCUUCUGUGCCCUCUGCUUCUUUCACGUUUACCUUGAUUCUAAGGGUCUGCUGCUGCUCAGAGCCCGGAGGUGGGCUCGCAUCUCUUCAUUGCCGGGGUAGACACACCACGGGGCCACACAGACCUAGUUCUAAGGCCCUUGGGAGGGACGGGGGGAGGCUAGAAAGACUAAUUUUAGGCACAUUCUCAUGAAUAUAAAAGGGAAGAGAACCAAAAUGAUUCCUCUUGAGCUCCUUCGGUAUAAUUUUAUUUCCUAAGCAAUCACGGGUAGAGGAGGACUAGGAAAUGAGCAUUCCAUCGUAGGAUCACAUGACCUUGACUAUCCCGACACCAGGCCCUCUUGGAUGGACUCAGCAAAUCCCAUUUAGAGAAGACCUCCAAACUUGCCAAGCUCCCUGGAGACAUUGUAUCUUCUGGGAGGGCUCCCCUUUAAAUGUGUCUCUUUUUUCAUUUGUAGAGGGUGUGUUUGGGGCAUUUCACCUGCACUGGAAUGGUUGGAUCACCUUUCUUAGUGGCCUAACUUCGGGGAAAUUUGAAUAUCAGUAACCCGUAGACUCAGGAAUUAGUCUUUGUCUCUGUUUCCUGGGACCCACUGAUCUGUACUGGCCCCGGGCUUCAACUCUUUGCUCAUGUAAGUUCAACUUACAAAGCAUGGUGAGCGCUGUGACCAACUGAGUAGGACUUGACAGCUUUUAAAGUGGAGCUUUGGGGGAAUAUAGAGAUGAUCAGAAUGGGUAGACCUUGUUUUACAGAUGGAGAAACCAAAGCCCAGAGGGGCAGAGCCACCUGCCUGAUAUCGCAUAGUGAUAGGGUAAUGGCAUAAAUUUGUCAUCUAAACCAAGACACUUCUGCAAGUGAAAGGGGCUCUAGCAAUAAGUACGUUGGGCCAACAGGUGUGGUGUCCUACGGUGUAAGGACAAGCUUCUGAUUCCCUCUCCUUUUUGGGGUUGGGGGGAGGAGGAGCACAUAACAGCUUUAUUGAGAUAUGAUUCACAUACUGUACAAUUGACGUGUUUAUAGUGUACGGUUCUAUGAUUUUUUAGUCAAUUCACAGAAACACCACAUCAAUUUUAGAACAUUUUCAUCAUCCCUAAAAGAAACCCUGUACCCUUGGCAAGUACUCUCCUAUUUUCCUUACAAUUUCUCUAGUCCUAGGCAACCACAAAUCUUCUUUCUAUAUAGGUUGACCUAUUCUGGACAUUUCACGUAUGUGGAAUCAUACAAUAUGUGGUCUUUUGUGACUAGCUUUUUUUUCACUUAACGUAGUGUUUUCUAGGGUCAUCCAUAUUGAACAUAUAUCAGUACUGCCGUCCUUUUUAUAGGUUAAUAAUAUUUCAUUCUAUGGCUAUACCACAUUUGUUUAUCCAUCCAUCAUUUGAUGGAUAUUUGAGUUGUUUCUA